UUUUUUUAAUGCCUUUUUGGGGGUUAAUAAUAUCCAUCCGCUUCAAAGCCAGACAGUGACAGUCAUCUGUCUGCGAGCAGAGGGUGGAUGCGGAGGCCGGGGCGGCCGCGGGGGCCGGCGGGCGGGCGCGGAAAGUGCUACAGACACCAUCAGCUGCUUUUUUUCCCCCUCUCCCCUUCCCCCCGCCACUCCUCCCCCUCGCACACCCACCACCAUCACCACGGAGGUAAGAAGAGGAAGCUGCAGGCUCUGGGCUGCAGGACAAAACCCCAAUCAAAUAAAUCCAAUCCCCCAUCGCGUUUGAGUUGCCGAACUGGGAAGGAUGGGGCGGGAAGGGGAGCGCAGGGGCAGAGCGGAGCCUGAAUGGGGUUCUCAUUGAGCACAAGAAAAUCGUGGAGGAUAUUUGUGUUUUGAUUUGGAGCUGUCGCAUUGAGAUCGUCAGUGUUUUGUAGGUGCCUCUUUACUGCUUUGCAUUUUAAACAGUUUAAUGUAUUUCCCGAGUAGAAAAAUGCACAGUCCUGGAGGCGCUCAGGGGGCGGGGCGGGAGCGCAGCUGAGCCGAGCCGGGCGCAUUUCUCGGCGUUUCAUCAUAAGGCUUUUCAUGGAUUUUUUUUCCCCCCGUUUUUGGUCUCCGUCUCAGCGUCAGCUGUUGUGAACCCAGCAGAACGAUUUCCUUUCGCGUUACCUUAACCGAGCUGAAGGGAGACGCUGACUGGAUCUUUUGGACUUUAAACCCUUUUUCUUCUUCUUCUUUUUUUUUUUUCUUGAUUUUUUUUUUCUUUUAAUGUCUGAUGCAACGGAGCUCUCGGCAGAGGAAUGGGGUUGUGGCUGACUGGCCGUGGGGGGUGAGUGAGCGGGGGGUCCGGCCGAGGUAAAGGCAGCAGAGGCACUCGCCGGAGGUGAGAGCUGGUGUGUUUGCAGGAGGUUUGAGUGCAUGGAGUGGCAGAAUCCGCGGAGUUGGUGUCUUUGCAACCUCGUUGUUGCAGGAAAAAGGGGGAGAAAAACUUCCCGUGCCUUCUUGGCAAAUCAGGAGGCUUUGUUGGUGGCGCCGGGGUGGUUUUAGUGCAUUUUUGUGCGUGAGGUUAUUACAUAAGGUUGAUAAUUUCUGUUACUGCUGGAUUUCCCCUCCUCCCCCCUCCCCCCCGUGUUGUGUGCGGAUUUCGCUGGCUCGGUUUGAGUGAAUGAACUGGCGAUUUGCGAAGUUGCAAAGAACCCCUCCGCCCCCUUUUUUUUUUUUUUUUUUUUUUGCAUCCUUCUCCUCCUCCCCUUUGCACUGCUCCUCAGAUGACAAAAGGAGUAAACUUCCUCUACUUUUGCUGGCAUAUUAAGAAGCCUUUCUGGAGAGAUUACGGUAUCAAAGCCAUGCAUCUGUCUGCAGUUGCUGUGCUGUUCUGAGCGUUUGCAGCGGUGUGGGGAGAGCAGGCGAGGGCUAUGUGCGCAGGCUGUGCAUCCCCGCCGGACUCUGCAGCCUGGGCUUGUGUCCCCGCGGAGCGGCGGGGCAGGCUCUGCGCGGGGGAGCGCUACCUGCGCGCUUCGAUUUCAGUGUCUUGAGUCGGGGAGAGAAAGGUCGUGGGACAACCUCUUUUCUUCCUCUUGCUGGAAAUACCCAUAAAACCUGUGUUUGAAAUUAUUGCUCGACCCAGGGAGCAGCAAAAAGAGACCCGUAAUGCCAGGAAUGGUCAGUAAAAACCCAGACCUCGAGUUUGACUCUUUGCAGCCUUGUUUCUACCCGGACGAAGAUGACUUUUAUUUGUGCGGACCGGACUCCGCUCCCCCCGGCGAGGACAUCUGGAAAAAGUUUGAGCUGCUGCCCACCCCUCCUCUGUCUCCCAGCCGGGCCGGGCUCCAGGAGCACCCUCCGGGGGGGGGCCCGGUGCCCUGGGGAGGGGCGGCUCUGUGGGGCUGCCGCCCCACCGACCCCGUGGACUGGGCAUCGGAGCUGCUCCUGCUGCCCCCCGAAGCCGACCUGUGGGGCGGCGUGGACGGAGGGGACUUCUUCGAGACGGGCCCCGGCGUGGCGAACAAUCUCAACUCUAUCAUCAUCCAGGACUGCAUGUGGAGCGGCUUCUCCGCGCGCGAGAAGCUGGAGCGGGCGGUGAGCGAGAAGCUGCAGAGCAAGGCGCCCGCCGCGCCGCCGCCGCCCCCGGCGGCCGCGGGCAGCCCCGCCGCCGCCGGCGCCCGUGCGGAGCUGGGCGGCGCCGUGCCCGAGUGCGUGGACCCGGCCGUGGUCUUCCCCUUCCCCGUCAACAAGCGGGAGGCGCCGGCGGCGGGCGGAGGGGCUCCGCGGGGCGGCCGCCCGCCGCGCCCCGCCGGGGACAGCCGGGCGAGCAGCAGCAGCAGCUCCUCCGGGGACGACACGCUCAGCGACUCGGAUGAUGAAGAUGAGGAAGAAGAGGAUGAAGAAGAAGAAAUAGAUGUUGUUACAGUGGAGAAAAGACGCUCCUCUAGCAACAAGUCUGUUACCACCCUUACUAUUACAGUGCGUCCUAAAAAUACCACUUUUUCAUCAGUCAGGACACAGCAGAAUGGAUUGAUACUAAAGCGUUGUGCCCCAAUUCACCAGCAGCAUAAUUAUGCCGCCCCUUCUCCAUUCGUGGAGACUGAAGAGGCUCCACCACAGAAAAAGUUGAAAAUUGAGGUGCCCCGUCCAGUAAAACCCACGAUCCAACCAAAGCCUAAGAGUUCAAGUCCUCGAAACUCUGAUUCAGAGGACAGCGAACGUCGACGCAACCAUAAUAUCCUGGAGCGUCAACGACGUAAUGAUCUACGGUCAAGUUUCCUCACGCUAAGGGACCAUGUGCCAGAACUGGUUAAAAAUGAGAAAGCUGCAAAAGUUGUGAUCUUGAAAAAAGCCACUGAAUAUGUUCAUUCUCUUCAGGCAGAGGAGCAGAAGUUACUGCUAGAAAAGGAAAAAUUGCAAGCCAGACAAGAACAAUUACUAAAGAAACUAGAUUACAAGCGGACUUGCUAAACUUUGGUUUUGUUUUGUUUUGUUUUGUUUUUGGCUGAUCUGGACAGUCAUUGCCACUUUGCACAUUUUUGAUUCUUUAUAAAAAAGUUGUGUUUUUUGACGUUAAGAAUGUUGGUUUUAAUUUCAAUCCAGUCCCUGAAGUGAUCGACAGACUAUAUUAUCCGGGUACGGAGCAAAUGGAUGUUCUUGCAAGGAGUUCAUUGCAAGGCUACCAAACAACAAUGGACUGCCUUUGUUUUUUCUUAAGAACUGUAGAUGGUGGGGAUUUUUUUUUUUUAAAGUGUUGUGAGCAUUUGGAGCUGCUGAUGACAUCUAGUUCAGUUUUGAAAUGUUCAUUCCUAAGUUUUAUGGUGCUUAUGUUCUAACAGAUGUUACUUUAGGGGUUGGCAUUUUGUACCCCUGUGGGAAUUUCUGUAAAUACCAUCUACACACUUGCCUUUUGUACAUGUCUUGGGUUAUGAGAGGUGGCUUUUGCUGCCAGUAUUAGACUGGAAGUUCAUACCUAAGUACUGUAAUACCUCAAUGUUUGAGGAGCAUGUUUUUGUAUACAAAUAUAUUGUUAAUCUCUGUUAUGUACUGUACUAAUUCUUACAUUGCCUGUAUACUUUAGUAUGAUGCUGAUACAUAACUAAAUUUGAUACUUAUAUUUUCGUAUGAAAAUGAGUUGUGAAAGUUUUGAGUAGAUAUUACUUUAUCACUUUUUUGAACUAAGAAACUUUUGUAAAGAAAUUUACUAUAUAUGCCUUUUCCUAGCCUGUUUCUUCCAGUUAAUGUAUUUGUUAAUGUUUGGUGCAUAGAACUGGGUAACUGCAAAGUUCUGUGUUUAAUUUCUUCCAAUGAUGUACAUUUAGUGCUGCGUCUUAUAGCACUUUGAAAUACCUCAUGUUUAUGAAAAUAAAUAGCAAUUACAUGAUGUGCCAUUUACUAUUUUUCUUUUAAAUAAAAUCUUUAACUUUGCAGUA